AAAAAAAUGGCUUUCUUGAAAGUUGAGUUAUGCCAUCCUUUAAGGGUUACAAUUUGCAUGUAUCAGUGACUUUUUUUUAAUACCCCCAUUAAAAAUGUCCAAGCAGAAAGCAUGGAGAAGAAACUUCCCCCUUUAAAUGUUAAAAUAGAUGAGCCGUUCGGGAAAAGAGAGAGCAAUCAAGAAGCAGGUAGCGGGUAUCCAUAUUCCCUUUGCAGAUGGAAAGUGUUGGGAGCAAGGAAAAGCAGUGUGUAAACUCUCUUCCUACAAAUCCCACAAGCGGACCCGCUGAUCGAUUUUCCAGCCAUCAAGUGAACGGCUGGCGACCAAUGCAGGAAUUAAUGGCUGUUUACAACAACAAUUUCUCCAACUCGGAAGAAAGGCAGCAGCAAAGCUCGAAACUCCUCCCCUUCAGCUGUAGAUCGUUGAGAAGAAAAAUAGAAUGGAAACGGAAAUAGCGGCAGCAACUGCGCUCUUGUUUGUGCUGGUGUUUACAUACCUGGCAUGGUUUUGGCUGAUGAGCCGCAAACUAACGGGCCCCAAAGUGUGGCCACUCGUGGGCAGCUUGCCUGGCCUAAUCGCCAACCGCAGCCCCACCCGUAGCCGCAUCCACGAUUGGAUCGCCGACAACCUUCGAUCCACCGGCUCUGCCGCCACCUACCAAACCAGCGUGCUGCCACUGCCCUUCGUUCGCCAGGGACUUGUAACCGUCACCGCCAAUCCGCGCAAUAUAGAGCACGUUCUCCGCACCCGCUUCGACAACUACCCAAAGGGUCCGAUUUGGCAGUCAGCCUUCCACGAUCUUCUGGGCCUUGGCAUCUUUAACUCCGACGGUGACACCUGGCUUCUCCAGCGCAAGACAGCUGCCCUCGAGUUCACCACCCGCACUCUACGCCAGGCCAUGGCACGUUGGGCCAACCGGUCCAUCAAGACCCGCCUGUGGCGCAUCCUCGCUGACCACUCCAACUCUUCAUCUUCCGUCGACCUUCUAGACCUCCUCCUUCGCCUCACUUUUGACAACAUAUGCGGACUCACCUUCGGAAAGGAUCCGGAGACGCUCUCUCCUGACCUUCCCGACAACCCUUUCGCUCGCGCAUUCGAUACAGCCACCGAAGCAACGCUCCAGCGCCUCCUCUUCCCUGGCGUGUUCUGGCGUAUCAAGAAGGCGCUGGGGCUCGGUAGCGAGCGCAGCCUCCGCCGAAGCCUUAAAGUUGUCGACCGAUACAUGACGGAAGCGAUUAAUGUACGAACGAAUAACCCAUCCGAUGACCUGCUCUCGCGCUUCAUGAAGAAGCGGGAUGGAAAUGGCAACGCGUUUCCAGCCUCCGUCUUGCAGUGGAUCGCCCUUAAUUUUGUGCUGGCCGGGAGAGACACCUCCUCGGUCGCCCUCAGCUGGUUCUUCUGGACGCUAAUGCAGAGGCGGGAUAUCGAGAGGAAGGUUCUGGCGGAGAUGGCGUCAGUGCUGAGGGAGACGCGGGGGCCGGAUGCAAGCAGUUGGGUGGAGAAUCCUCUUGAAUUUGAUGAGCUUGAGCGGCUGGUUUAUCUGAAGGCGGCGCUGGCGGAGACUCUGAGGCUUUACCCAUCGGUGCCGGAGGACUCCAAAUACGUGGUGGCUGACGACGUGCUGCCAGAUGGAACGGCGGUGAAAGCGGGGUCAACCAUUACCUACUCAAUCUAUUCGGCCGGGAGGAUGGAGUCGAUAUGGGGGAAGGAUUGCUUGGAGUUCAAGCCCGAACGUUGGCUGACGAGGUCUGAUGGCGGCCACAGCUUUCAGUUUGAGCCGAGUAUGGACAAGUACCGAUUUGUAGCUUUCAACGCUGGUCCGAGGACGUGUUUGGGGAAGGACUUGGCUUAUCUCCAGAUGAAGACGAUCGCGUCUGCGGUGCUGCUGCGCCAUCGCCUUGAGCCGGUGGCUGGGCAUCGUGUGCAGCAGAAAAUGUCGCUGACACUCUUCAUGAAGAACGGAUUGCGCGUGCACGUGAGGCCCAGGAACCUCAAGGAAGACAUCUGCUAGCGCGGCUUCUGAUGCUCCUCGCUGCUACUAUAUCUGACCACUACGCCUAUUCUUCUACUUCGUUUGCAUGAUUGAAUGGUUCCUUUGCAUCGUUUUUUUUUUUCCCUUCUAUUUUAUUUGUGU